CUCUUGUAGCUUCCUUUCUACAUAAAUGUGAAAUUUUCAAGCUAAGAUUCGAUCGUCGUGGGAAAUCCCCGGAGUCAUCCAGGUUUUCUGCUGCCGUCUUGGUUAUAAACAAGUAAAGAUUUCUCUUAAUUUAAGCUACGAGCCAUUUUCAAAUCCAUAUCCGACUUGCUGGUUUUGCCUAACCAAAGUCUCACAAGACCGUUACUAGUAGUGCAUUAUACAAGAUAUCUAUUAAAGUUGAGAAUGGCUUUAGAAAACGAAGGUGCUCAAGAAGUGCCCGAGGUAGAAGACAUCCCAUCAUGCAGCAGUACCAACACUACCGAUCGUGACAYCCCGAAAGAAUUGCCAAUAUUCGUACGUCGGGGCAAAAACUGGAACUUAAGUCGCAUUCAGAGAUCAAAAUCAGUACCAAAUUCAUCCCACAUGGGAAAUCGAACAGCAACAAGUACUAAAGCAAGAAGUAGUCCACGCGGUCUGCGCAUGUUCAAACGUUCAUUCAGCGUCCAGUGGAAAUCUUCGCAAUAUACAAAGAUGUCUUCGACAACAUCGAGAGAUACGCAUGGCGUGCCUAAAAUACCAGCGUUAUCUAAUGUUCGUAGGGAGAAUCAAACAGAUGGACGUGUCUUUAAGCAAACUAUUGAAACACCUCCCCCUCACUACUCGUCGCUCGAUUCGUCCCUCGAUAUUAUUCCCGGGGGUGGACCAUCUCACAUGAAUUAUGGGUUUCAGGCGAAUGAAUCUGCUUCUAUUAUAAACAAUGAUCCUCCUCCUAGUUACAGGGAGCUGUUCAGCAACAGAAUGAGACAUACAGUACGACAAAUGUCUAUCCAUUCCACAACAAGCGACUAUUCUCAGGAAUGCACACACAAAAGGAUGGCAAAGUUCUGUGCAAUUGGAUUGUUUUUUGUUGGUUUUGCGAUUGUGCUUCCUGUUGCCAUGGUGAUUCAAGGUAUUACUCAUCUGGAUGACUGCCCUAUCGAACCACGAAUCCCUAUUUUCCUAAUCAUUGGAGGAUUGCUUCAGUUAGUCGAAUGUUUCGGACGAUUAAUCUGCAAGCACUGUACACCAGAUCAACCAUCACCAGAAAACGGAGAUAAGAUGUCUUGGGAUCCUUUGCUAUACAUUCUUUUCAUUUUAUUGGUGUUGAGUAGUAUAUAUAUCUAUCAGACAAACCCUAGUUUUGAGCUCGAGGAAGGGGUAACACAGAUGGCUAGAAACAGAGGCCAGACAACAUCGAAACCGAUAACUCCAAGCGAAAGCUCCAGCGAUCUCUACUGUCAUGAAACGACUUUUAAGCUUGCUUACUGGAUUGUAACAAGUUAUUAUACGGUGCUUUUGAUAAUAAUAAUGGUAACGUUGCUGUACUUGUUGUUUAGUUCGUGCAUGACGUACAGGGCUCAGAGGAGGAUGGGACAGCAAGAGAGGGAGGACGAACGGGCCUAGUCUGUUUGUCUGUUUCACGAUCGAAGAACAUCAAAUGAGCAGCAGCAUGAAAAAUCAAGCUUUACAAUCAGAUUAGAUUAGUCGAAUCUAGCACCAAUAUCAUCACUGAGGAUAACCUCUGCGAGCUCCAAGGAGGGUCAGAAAAAAACCUCUGCUCGCAGGGUACAAUGAGGAUCAUUCAUGUAUUAUUGUCAUGAUCGUUGUUCGCGCUGUUGCUGUUGUUGUUAAUUUGAUUUUGUCAAAGGUUCUUUCUAAAAAUAUUAUUUAAUGUGACAACACAAUUGUUCAUGCAUCACUUUGACAGGGAUUCUUUAGUGGAGACUAGCUCUCACUCCCUCCUCUAUGAUAUACAUGUAUAAUGCAUAAUAUUAUAUAAUAAAAUUUGAUUCAAGACUUUUUGAACUGUGGGUCCAAGUGACUUGGCCUUU